AGAUAUUCGGAACUUCUCCUAAGUUUUGGUAUGUUUUCACAAUGUCUUUUUCGUAAUGAUCUGCGCAUGCUUUAUGUAUCAUACUGCUUCCGGAGGAUCGAUUGCUGCAACAUUUUAUUAAUUUAUGUGCUUUUCUAUAAAACUAUGAAUUCAGCAACUGUAGCACAGCCUGUGGAAGACGUCCAAGGAGACGGAAGAUGGAUGAGCCAGCAUAACCGUUUCAUAGCAGAAGGAAAAGAACGAGAACCUGAGGUUUUAUUCAUUGGAGAUUCAUUAAUUCAGAGAAUGUCACAAACCAGUCUUUGGGAGAGCAUGUUCGAGCCACUUCAUUGUCUAAACUUUGGAAUUGGUGGAGACCAGACCCAAAACAUUUUGUGGCGAUUGAAUAAUGGAGAAUUGGAAACCCUAGAACCCAAGGUGGUUGUGCUUCUUGCUGGAACAAAUAAUUACAGUAAUACUGCAGAGGAAGUGACAGAUGGGAUCAUGGAAAUUGUCAGUGUUAUCCAGAGCAAACUAAAAAGCUCCCACAUCAUUGUCAUGGGAUUACCACCCAGAGGAGAAAAACCAAACAAGUUGCGAGAAAAAAAUUCUGCCAUUAAUUUUAAUUUAUCUCAAAAUCUUGAAAACAUGGCCAAUGUGAGUUUCCUUAACAUAGAUCCAUCCAUGUUUGUUCGGGAAAAUGGUCUAAUUAGCUUCACGGACAUGUACGACUAUCUCCAUUUGACAAACACUGGCUAUCAAAAACUGUGUGAGCCAUUACUGGAGGAAAUUCAGAAUGUGCUGCAGGUAUUCGUGAAGGUUGAAAAUACAUCAAUGACAAUAUCUACGACGGUAUCUGAUGUAGACGACUAAGACGGCUGACGGUAACCCACUAUUGUGAUACUCUGGAACCACAACCAUGGCAAACGCUUCAUUUAUUACCAAUGUUUUACUGCCUUUAGAUGGGUAAAAGGAACCCUGCUUUGUUGUGAGUGAAGUUGCUAAUACAUGUAUCAAUACAUAUUCCUGUAUUGGAAAUGUAUGGUUUUAGUUGGGUUUUAUCUUUAAAGAUAACAUUAUGGAUUCAUCUUCAAAUAUAAAAAUAAGUAAUCAGGAGACACCAGAAGUUUAAAGUGAUAUUUACUUCUUAACUCCUACCAACUUCUUGUUCCAUUUUUAAAGCUGAAAACUCAGGUUUAGUGUAAUAAAAACCUGCCAAUGUUUAUAUACUAAGAGAGUAAGCUUUUUAAGAAAAUGUUAUUGUUUUGGCAGUUUGUUCUUUUACAAGCAUAGUGCAGAAUUUUUUUUUGUUUUUAUAAUAUCAUUUAACAACACUUAGACUUGAGGCUAUGUUGGAUGGUCUGUACCCAUUUAUAUUCUGUUCAUGUAAAUGAAAACCUUGAACUGAUAGUCUGAACACAAAGUAUGUAGAAGCAGAAAUCCCUCUGGGGAUAACAUUUUGUUUUGUUAUCUAAUUUCAUUUCGUGUAAAAGAUAGCCACACUAUACAUGUAACCUGAUACAAAUUUCUUUGUGCAUUUGAUUUCAUUAUUAAAAGAUAUUUCUAAGACAAAAAAAUUAUACAUAAUAAUGUAUAUUUCUGCUUUUACAGUAUGUAGGAAUAUAUUUGUCAUAUUAUAUUGUAUAUACCUUAACCUUGUAUACACAGUUUUUAAGUCUAAUGACAUGUAGAGUCUAAUUUCAUUCAUAGGAUUAAGGGAAACGAGACCUUUAACCUAAAAACAAGGAUUAUUGUAAACAUGAUAAUGAUUGCAUGGGCAAAAUAUUUCUGAUGUUAAACCAUGACAUAGGUGUCACAAGAUUAAUCGUCACAUGCAGAGCUUCAAAUAGAAAUACCAAAUUUUUCUGUCAAUGAAAUAAGAAUAAUUCUUUCCCUUUGCCAAAAUAUAUCCAUGAUUACAGCAUAAGUACUAUUUCAGAAACCUUUUUUUUCUUCCUUGCAAAUUUGCAAUAUGUAUGUGUAUGAAUUUGAAUGAUAUUGUUUCUAUUGCCAGGCGUGUUUGGUUUAUGAAUGAGGUGUUUCAGUAUACAGCAAUAGAUCCAAAUCUGAAAUUCUGUCAUCAUCUUUGACAUAAAACUGUUUUGCAAUGACCUCAUAUAUCUGUGCAAUAUUUUAAACUACACAAUACCAUAUAAAACCUUUUUCAUGAUACAUGUACUACAAAGCAUGGAAUGCACAAUAGCUUCAUACACAUGCACAUGCUAGGUACUUAGUUUGCACAUUAGCUGCACAGCAAUAGUUAACAUUUCCUGCAGGAUUUUGAAUCAUUUUCUAGUUGUCUAGUCCAAGAUAUAUGUUAUGACAUUUGUAAUUGAUGGUGCAUUUCAGUUUUGAAAGUAUUUUCUUAGUGAGUUGUUAUACUGGAGUCCUUGUGAGCUGGUCUACACUAGAGCAAGCAUACCAGUCUGAUUUUCUACAUUCCAAGUAUUGUGCAAUAAGUGUUUGAUUCAGGUGAAGUUGACAGUUAAUGAAACAAGAUUUUUUUCCUACAGUUUUAGCUGUAAUUUGUUUUCCUUUAUUCAAUAUGAGAAUUAAGAAAAUUUGAUUUUUAUUUUUAUUCCUUGCACAUUGAUCUCAGUGAAAUACUCUUUGAAAGAGAAAAUGGCAUAUCAAACUUCCUCAUUACCGGGUAAAUGCAUGUUUGAAAAAAUUCUAACAGAUAUUUAUAACAUGAAACAUGAAGAUGUAGAAAUAAUAAUAAUGGUCUAAAUUAGAUUAUCUAAACUAACAGGUAAUGGAUUUCUGGUGCUUCUUGACUUACAGCCAAGAAAUUUUUUUCCAAUAAUAUGAUUUAGAUAUUUUCUGAGCAUUGAUUUUGUUAGUGAUUUUAUUCCUGUUGUAAUGUCUAGUUGGAUCCAGGUAUAGCAGGCUUGUAGUCUGGUACCUCAAUCACAUCAAUGCAAUACGAAAAAAAUCCUGAGUUGAAAUCCUUCACUUCUGAUAAUUUACUUUUGAUUUUAUAAUCUUAUGGAGUUGUGCCUUUAAUUGUUAUGUUUCCAUUAAAAAGUGUUAUUUAGUGAAAUCCUGGAUUUUUCACAAAAUGAAAACAAAAAUGUUUUUUCUGAUUUAUUUUGAUAAGAGUUGGGGUAAAUACAUGUACAUGUUAAGUGUUGAUUUUUUUUUCAUUUUGCUUACAAUAGCCCUAAAAAUGACAGCUUCUGAUGUUAAAAGUUAUACAUUUUUGUACAAAAAUUUAACUUUGUCUUAACGAAAUUUGUAUUUGCAUUCUUGUUUGCUGGUUAACAAAGAACAUGUAAAUAUUUGUGUGAUUAAUCUUUCGUCUUUGGAAUUAUUUUAUUUCUUUAGAACUUAGUAGUGCUAGCUGGGCUGGCCACAUUUUCCUAUGUAAUACAUGUAGAAGUAUGGAUCUAUAUAAGGAGUGGUCAUAUUUUCACAAAAUCUUUAAGAUAAAUGAAAACAGCAAAUGUAUAUGUUUAAAAAGACAACUUUUUUUAAGCUCCCACUAAACUAACAUUGUUUAUUCAAUUGUUUACCUUGUUUAACUGAAAGCACAUUAUCUAUUAUGAAAUAAUGGUAUUAUUAUAAUGUUGUCAAAUGUCCAGCACUGUACAAUUGUAUGAAAUACUCAAUUAUUUUUAUUAUUUGACUGUCUGAGUUAUAUCGUUUAUGGGCUUGUACAGUGUGUCCAUUGUUCAUAUGAUGUGGACCUAUUAUUCUGUACAUGUAGGUAUCAGUGAAGGCUGUUGGCGGGUAAAUGUCACUUGUAUAUGUAUGCAAUGCUAAAUACAGCUACCACAUA